AACGCGUAGUAGCAGAUAAUUAUAAUUAACAAAAUUCGCGGUGAAUGCGCUAGCAUAACAUGGACGAUGUCCCGGUCAAGAUAGUUGAGCGCUACAAACCCCCGCCUGCCGUCUUCCACCUGCCGCAGGCGACCCACAACCGCCUGUCGCAGUUCCGGGAGGAUUUCUACACGGAUCACCCGGACUACCAGUAUGACUUCCAUCUGGAGCGGGCGGUGGUGAGUCAGGCGCAGCGCUGGAGCCAAAUGCGUCGCCAGCAGCGGGCGGAGCUCGCCAGCCGCCAGGAGCGCCGCAAGGAGGAACGCCAACGGGCGCUGGAGGCCAGGCAGAAGGAGAUGCUUGGAGCAGUUGACUAUCCCAGUACGGACGACUUGUCGUCGGACGAGGAGGUGCAGGAGAAGGAGCAGGAGCAGCCAGAGAGGAAGAACCCCGAACGGAAGGAGGAGGAGGAGCAUCGCCCUCCCGCCUCCACUGAGUCACGCGACUCCUUGCACGAACCAAAGUCAAUGGGCGUGUGCAAUUUCCACACCAUCUUGCAGCCCACCAUUCUGAGCACCACCCCGGUGGCUACUCCGCAGACGCUGCACAAGCGGAACAGCUCCCUGAACUACGCGGACUUUGAGUACAGCAUGAACUCCACGCCCUUCGACAACAUCGAGCUGAAGACCAUCAACGAUCUGGACAUACUCGCCCAGGUGCUGCACCAGACGCAGCUGGAGGAGCGCAGGGAUCAGCAGCAACAGCAGGGGGAUCAGCAUCCAGAGGAGGAGCAGCCCCAACCCCAGGAAGUGCCAGCUCCUGUGGAGCUAACGAUGACCACGCUGGCGGAGACCAAAGCGACGCUCGACAGCGUCAAUUUCCAUGUUCACUGUGAUGACGAUGAGGGCAGGACGGAGCCCAGCCACAUUCCACCCACGCCUCUUUACCCAACGCCCAUGUACAGUGCUUCCGCCCAGCAGCAGGUGCAUAAACCGGAGCACUUCCAGGUGUACCACAUGCAGGGCUACAGCCAUCAGCCCUUCUACUCCCCGCAGCACCAUCCUUUCCAGCAGCAAAACAACUACAAUGUCAAUGGAUUUGGCACGCCCAGCCAUUUGAUGGUGCCUCCAACGCCUUCCUCCGUGCUGGCCCUCAGCCAGUCGGAGGACGAGGUGGCCACCAAGUCGAGGAGUGUGCCCGACAUCCUGCGUGAGCUGAAGACAGAGCUGCAGCAGGCGGAGAAGCGUCGCACCCGCCUGCACAGCCACAACGAGGAGCAGCAGUCGAAGAUGUCGGUGGUGGUGGACAGGAACUCCUUCAGGGAGCUGGCUGGACCGGCACAGAAGUUGGCCCAACGCAUCAGUACAAUGGGUUUCCCUCUGGAGCGGGUGGCAAAGGUGGUUAGCCUGUGCGGCAUCGAUGAUAAAAAGAUAAUCGAACACCUCAUCCCACUGGGCGAGCUCUUGGAUUUGGGCUUUGACGAAUCGAAAAUCUCGGCUGCGCUUCUCAAGUUCAACAAUAACAAGGACAAGGCGCUGGACUAUCUAAUCAACUAGAUCAAUUUAGGAGCAAACCUUUUGAUACGGCCAGCUUUUACCCCGCAUCCUCCGCCCAAGCAGCUCACACCACGUUUACUCCUCUAAAUGUAUUUUUAAUUAUUACAAGUUCUCGUGAGAUAUUCCUUGCUUAAGUUGGGAGUUGAAUGCUUCAGAAUCCUCAGCAGCAGAAUAAAUAUAAGUCCGUAAAGUUA